AUGGGGCAAUUGUUGACAACAAAAUGGCUACCAUACAUGGGAGCACUAGCAAUCCAAGGAUUCGCAGCCACAAUCCCGGUGGUUACAGUCGCACCCACUUCGGUUUUUACUGUAACGUCUACUUACUCCGAUACGGUGACCAGCACUAUUACAGGGGUUCUCCCAGUGACGACCGUUGAGACCACAUGUACUCCUGGUAGUGUUGCUCCAGAGUCAUGUACCAAUUCGAUAUGGUCGGCGGAAGGUUCCUACUGGCAAGAAUGGUGCUCAGAUUCAUCUUUGGAAGGAGCAUCAUUUAUGACCAUUCAUGGAGCAACCAGCCCUUACGAAUGCUUCGUGUUUUGUGGCAUCUAUUCGAGCUGCCAAGGUCUCAAUUGGGAUGAUAAUGAUGAGUGUGUGCUGCUCACAGACAUCACGUCUACAGUGGAAGUGACUUCGUCUCAUUGGGCCGCAAUUGAACGUUUUUCAACCAACCCUUGCGUCGUCACCGUAACAGGCGCUUCUACCCAGCUUUCAACCGAGAUAACGGUGAUGGAAUAUACAACAACUUACACAUCCACAAUUACAUUGUCGACUAGUGCCGCUGUCGCUUCCACUAGCGCUACAUCCAGUGUUGCCACAUCAGCAUACAUCUCGAGUGUGUCAACAUCAACGGCUUCAACGUGCACUGUUUCAGCUCUUCCUACCACCACAGAUUGCGUCGACGGAUACUAUGUAUACAAUGAGGAAUACUACCAAGUGCUUUGCAGCGAUACCGUGCAGGGCUAUUCAGGCUUUCUCCCUAACUCCAGACAAGCCGACAUCUGGGGCUGUAUUGAGGUCUGCUCUACCUAUUCGAACUGUAUAGGAACAUUCUGGUUUCUGGGAAUCUGUUACUCGGAAAGUGGUGCUAUCGACUAUUCCUACGUGCCUCAUGCCAUCUGCAUUAAUUGCUUCACCUUCCACUCUUUCAAACGCCUCUCCGUCUCCCGUGACAUCGAACUCUCUUACUUCAUCGGUCCCUUUAUUAAAGACGUCCCCGGUCUCAAACUUCCGGAGCUCUCCUUCUCUCGUGCCCUCUGCAAUAUACUCCACUGUCCCAGUAUCCGUCCCUCCGAGAAGUUCCUCCGUACUUCUACCUGCACAGUCGUCUUCUUCUCCAAUAUUCCUCAGAGUAUCCCUACGUCAGCCCGGCGCACUACGACCAUUUUUACAACCGAGACCCGUACCUCAGUCACUACGAUAUGUCCUCUGAAGGCUACCAAAACGGCUUCCACUCUACAAUCAGCAAAUGUUACCUCCCCUGCCGCAACAAGGAUGACGACUUCAACUGUCUUCACCACAAAGGUGUACACUAUUACCGCCUGCCCUCCCUACACAACGGAGAUUGUCCCCAUCUAUACUACUAUCUGCCCUACAUCCAGCAAUGGGGGAGUAGCUACUGAACCGCCUCAGGCUCUCACUAUAUCCACGAUUUUUACUACUAAGGUGCAUACCACGAUUGGUUGUCCACAAGGAAGCCCGCAUUGCGCAGCAUCUGAGAAGACCACUUACUACACGACAGAAACAAUUGCUGCAUACACGACUAUUUGCCCAGUUGCUGCAGAGGAAACGGGCAUACAUGCCUCCGGCCAAUCGACAGCUAUCGGGGGAGGACCUAUCGGACAGAGUAGUGAAAGACUCAGUACAUCGACUGUCUACACAACCCAUGUCUACCCGAUCACAGCUUGUCCAUCGUCUUCCGCUACCUGUGCUGAUACAGAGCGAACGACGUAUCUCACGACAGAAACUGCAGUAGCUUCAGUUACUGUCAUCACAUCAGCAGCUGUUGAAACACCUGCAGGCAAUUUAGGUGCUCCUUCUGGAGAAGAAUCCUCUGUACCCACCAUUACAGCCGUUCUCUACACAACAGAGGUAUUCACGAUCACAAGGGGAACGGAAACCCACCUCACCACGGCCAUCGUUCCGAUAACCACAACCAUGACCCCCACUGCUAGCGAAAUACAGCAAUUUUCCCCUACCAGCAAAACAAACUCGGCAUUAGUCGGACCACACAGUCCCCAGCAAGGGGUGACGGGUGAAUCUACCAUCGGACCCGGUGCUGACGCAGACGGCCAAAUCGGGGUCAGUGCCGAGUCUCAAGGAUCAACCGGAGAGGGUUCUUCCUCCCCAUCAUCCAGCAAUGAUGACUCCACUCACCCUGGCACAGCCGGUAGUCCUGGACCAUCCCUUCACGUCCCGCCAUCGACUAUUUCCAGUGUCGGAUCAGUUGCCAACAGCAGUCUUAACGUUAGCUCUUGGAGCAAUGGAUCUCAUUCUUUGGGUGUCGCGUCUCCUAGCCUCGGGCUCAAUCGCCCUACCCUUGGAAGCGUUGCUGGAAGUCACACUGCUUCUGCGUAUACGUCUGGUACAUCUACGGUUGUCUCAGCGCAAUACACCGGUUCUGCGUCCAGGAGUGCAGUAUGGACUUGGUUCCCUUUUGUGGGUAUGGUUAUAGGCUAUUUUCUGUGA